AUGGGUAGAAGAACCACAAGAGUUUAUCGUCCAAAAGUUGGAAGAUUAAUCACAGAUCCAAAAACUGAUAUUACUUACUUAUUCCAAAAAGUUAUCGGUACUUCAGGUUUAGAUUAUGUAUACAAAGCUGUAUAUUUCUCACGUGAUAAACAUACCAAUGGUUAUGUUACAGUAAAAUAUCUGAGAAAAGGUAAUCCAGAUAUUGGAACAAGUUUUACUGCAACAGGGAAAAUUUCAACUCGGAAUAUUAUUAAUAUUGAAUCUUGGUUUAUACGUAGAUUUGAAGAUAAUGGAUAUUUGGUUGGAAUACCAUAUAUGUCUGAAGGAUCAUUACGUUAUAUUCUUUCUUCAAAUUUUUACUAUGGUUUGCCUGAAGAUUGUAUUGCUAUUGCACUUAAAGAAGCAUUAAUUGGUUUAUUGGAUAUUCAUAAUUCUGGUAGAAUUCAUAAAUAUUUCAAUGCUGGGAAUAUUUUUGUUAAUAAAUCUAAGGUUGAUGCGGAAAUUGAGAUCAAAUUGGCUUUUGGAGCUGCUGGUUAUGAUUCUGAUCCUCAAUUCAAAGUGAAUAAAGAAGUAGAUGCUGGAGACUCUUCGGUACCACCUCUAACUAAUAUUUCUGCAUGGGCAGCUGCACCAGAGGUUUAUUAUACAUAUGAAGAUUCUGAAUCUGAUGAUAUUGAGAAUGACUAUAGUGUUAAAUCUGAUAUUUGGCUAGUUGGAAUUACAGCAUUGGAAUUAGCAUAUGGAAAUAUAAGAAUAUGUGAUCGUGAAGAUUUUGAUGAUAUGAUUAACAAAAUAAGAAAGUCAAAAAAAUUGCCAAAUAGAUUAGAAGAUUUAUUUGAGGAAAUUACUUAUCCAAUUGAAGAAGAAGGAGAAGAAGAGAAAAAUGAUGGGAAAAUGAAAAAAGUUGUUGGAUUUUUUAAGGAUAAAUUGAAAUUAGGAAAAGAGAAAGAGGAUGAUAAUUUGGUUGAGGAGAAUAAUGAUAAAAAAGGGAAAAUUAAGAAAGUUAUGGGAUAUUUUAAGGAGAAAGUUGGAAAAAAGAAAGAAGAAGAAAAAAGGCUAUUUUCUAAAGAAUUUGAGAAGGUGGUUUUGGAUUGUUUGGCUAAAAACCCAAGAAAAAGGCCAAAUGUGGAAAGGCUAUUGAGACAACCAUUUUUUGAGAAAGCUAAGGACAAGAAUUGGUUUCAACGUAGUGUGUUACAUGCAAAGAAUCCAAAGCCAAUAACAAGUGAUUCUGAUUCUGAUGAUUAA